AUGGCGCUAGUAAGUGGCCUGUUCAGAUCCAACAACAAGAAGGAGCACUGGAAUCCGUGUGAGCUUUACCGGGGAGGCAAGUGCAGAGACGCCUGCGGCCACGACGAAAUUCAGUACCUCUCCUGCCUCCCCGACCUCAAGUGCUGCCUGAAAAUCUCUACGUAUUUAACCAAUUCUGACUCCAGCUCCAGCUUGCCAGUUACAAACACGUCCAGCUCCGCUCCAAGUUGA